AGGAGAGUAAGAAACGGAGUGAGGGGCAGGGGGGUGGGGGAUAUCUAGUUCAAGAUACCGGAAGCGGAGAGGGUUUCUCUUCUGGGUUAUUCGUGAUAAUCGUCUUUUACGAUCCCAAAAGAUUAAGGUUGGCCGAAUGAAAGCAAACGAGAAAAUUUGAUUGCUUUUUCAUGGUUACCGCUACCGGCGCGGGCGAAAGAGAGAUCAUGAAGACUCCGCACGGUCAAUAUUUGUAUCCGUUCGUGUGUUUCAAAGAACCACUACAGCUUUGAUCGAAGUACGGUCAAGAAAGGAGCCGAAGUAAGAAGAGGAACGGAAAGAGGCUGGAGAAAGAGCAAGAAGAAGAAGAAGAGGGCUGCGCAACGACUACUAAAGAAGAAGAAGAAAACGAUCGUGCAUCGGUGAAGUGUCGGCAGAAGCGAACACCAGAUACGAGAAAGUAGUCGAGAGUGGACGGUCGAGGAGAUCGGGUGCUCGAUAAAGAAUUUCUCCUUCGAGAUCGACGGAAAAAAAGUGGAACCGUCGAGUAAAUUUUUUUGUUUAAACACGCGUGUGAUCCAACGUGCAUCGGCAAUCAUCAAUUUUUCACGGGUUUCGUUGGCCGCUGAGAGGACAGUUCACGUUUGCUAUCGACACUGGCGUGAUUUCCGUUCGCCAACGCUGGAACGACCGUGUUCAGGUAUCCAACGACACGCGGUAGCAAGAGAAGGGAAGCAAACAGCAAUUGUCGAAGUCACACGGAGGGGCGGAGGGGAUGGAGAUGCGCCUCGUUCUCGUGGCGAUCUGCCUCCUUCUCGUCACCCCCAUCGCCGGCUCUUUUUGGACCGUUGGUAAUCAAGUGGUGAUGGAUCCCAUGCUGAUCUGCAAGAAGACUAGAAGACUGAAGGGCAAGAUGGCAGACAUUUGUCGCAAGGAACCAUCUCUGUUAAAAGAAAUUGCAAGAGGUGUCCAGGUUGGGACCAGGGAGUGUCAGUUCCAGUUCAGGAAUCGUAGAUGGAAUUGUACAACUAUUAGGAGGUCCCUCCGGAAAAUUUUACUGCGCGAUUCCAGAGAAGCAGGCUUUGUGAACGCGAUCACCUCGGCUGGGGUCACUUACGCAGUUACCAGAGCUUGCACUAUGGGAUACCUCGUGGAAUGCUCUUGCGACAAGGCUGUAUCGAAAGGUAAUCGACUCCGAAAAUUGAUCCGAACUGUCGAGACGGAGAAGGCUUUGCCGACUGAGGGUGACUGGGAAUGGGGCGGAUGUGGAGACAACGUAAAAUUCGGGGUGAAGAAGUCACGCGACUUUAUGGACGCGCCCUAUCGAAAGCGCAGCGACAUCAAAACUUUAGUAAAGCUGCAUAAUAACAACGCUGGUCGUCUGGCAAUCAGGAACUUUAUGAUGACCGAGUGUAAAUGUCACGGCCUCUCGGGCUCGUGCACGGUUCGUACGUGCUGGCGGAAAAUGCCGGCGUUCCGCGACGUCGGGAACAGGCUAAAAGAGUCGUUCGAUGGCGCGGCCAAGGUUAUACCGAGCAACGACGGGCACAGCUUCAUCACCGAGGGUCCGACCAUCAAGCCGCCGGACAGAUUCGAUCUGAUUUACAGUGAGGACUCGCCCGACUUCUGCAAGCCGAACAGAAAAACGGGCUCGCUGGGCACGCAGGGACGCCGUUGCAACUCCACCAGCCAGGGAGUCGAGGGCUGCGAACUGUUGUGCUGCGGCCGCGGCUACGACACGAGGAUCGUCAGAGAGAAGACCAAUUGCGCGUGCAGGUUCCACUGGUGCUGCGAAGUCACUUGCAACACGUGUCUCGUUAAGAAAACGAUCAACACUUGUCGCUGACGAAGCCGAUUACAGGAAAUCUUAGCGCACGCCGAGAGACUAUUUUGUGCGGGUUCGUGCUUAGACAUCAUAGGUAUGUAUGGAAGCACCGUAUACUUCUUCCAAACGAUAUUAUGGUUUUAUUGAAAUGUGUAUACUUUCUAAAAGCCUAUUACGCGAUCUUGAUUGGUGUUACUGCUUUGAAAAGAUUUCCAAUGUGGGUCGUAUCUCGUUCGUUUGACCGUGAUGAAUCAGUAUAAGUGUUUGUAAUAUAAAUAAGUGAUACGUCGUUUUGCGAAGAGUUUAGCUGUAAGCAACAGCUGUGCACGAUCGUAGAAUCGCGCAGCGUAGGAGGUACUGACGUGCCUCCUAGCGUUCGAAGCUUUCCAGGUAUCUCCAGUCAGUUUCGUUUCCAAGCGUUUUCGCGGUAAACCAUUCGCGAAAAUUGAUCGCUUUUCGCGCUUACCUAUCUCGAUAUGCCUCGUUUCCGUCUCUGCUUAUUCCCCCUUCCCCCCUCUUCCUUAUGCUUACAUUCUUCUGUGUAUAUAAGACUGAAACUUGAUGAAAUGUACUGUACACUGUAAU